GCGAAUGUGCGCUGGGCUGUCUGUCUGUUCAGCGCCGAUGUUGUAUCGGGACUUGACUGACGGGCUGUGCAAGCCUUUCAUUGUGGUACACGUUCCCCGUGUCGUACAACCUCACAGUGACAGGCCAUCUUUGACAGAGAAAGUCGGAACUACCGCACUGGAAGAAGUUCGUGGAGUUAGGAGUACAUUAGAUCACCUUUACACGAAAAACGGAGGGAUUUAUUUGAGGUCGUCACGCAUGGGUUGCGUUGAAGUUGUUCACUUUUUAAACUUCAUGGAUCUUUUAACGUCACGGUAGGUGUACCGAGUUCUAUGUAGCUCUACAAACAGGUUUCGUGAGCGUUGAUAUUGUUGUUGAUGUCGCAGUUGUAACGCUGACGUUUCAACAUGCGGUGUCAGUAUUGUGUAUUGGUUCUGCUGACACUGUCUGGCGCAGUGUCCAGUUCACAGAAAGAUAUUCAGAUUGAUGGAUGUUCAUUCAAGAGUGGGGAGUGUUCUUACACCAUACAGCUCUCCAACAUUGACGGGUACAGUUGCAAGAGCAUGGUAGGGCAGCCGCUGGGCCGGAGCAUGAAAGAGCUGCUUGGGGUCGACGCUCAAGCGCAAAAUGACGUCGUGACAAAAGUUGACUCCAUUAAGGAAAACUUUGAACAGGUAAAAGAAAAACACGAGGUGAGGAUUAAAGAGUUAGAGAAUUCCGUGCAGGAAUUAUUGGGCACCGACAAACGGCCAUAUGACACGCGGAAAACCGUACCGAACUUAACAGGUAAAUCCGCUUCUCGGGACCGAGUUCUGUCCGGCCUGACACGGAAUUUUGAACAGUUAAGGGAGGAGAUAAAAAGAAAAGAGCAUGCCUUGCUACAAACAGAGCUGAGAUUGAAUGAAACACGAAAGACGUUAAAUGAUGCCCAAUUAGAAGUUAUUAACGUCAACCAGCGUCUCUUACACGCCGAUAAUAAGAUCGCUUCUCUGACUCGUGAGAGAUCGAUUCUGAAGAACCAACUUAAGGACAGAACCUACAGGCUUGGUAAGUCUGAAAAAAGUCUGAAUGAAUCCACAGCAAAGGCAGGGUCGCUUGAAAACAGACUUCUCGGAGUUAUAAGAAGUGAGAAUAUUGUGAGCGAGGAUCUGGCUACUUGCAGAGUUCUGCUGAACGAAUCUGCCGUCAAUAAUCUCAACGGCAAAACAAGGUACUCGGAGCUGAGACGUCGUCAUGACGUCACCAAACACGAACUGAAGAUCAGAGAGAGGGAGAUCAUUAACUGCUACUCAGCUAAAACUGCAGCGUUCUGUGGGUUUGAAGACCCUUACAACUGCGGCUUCAUCCAGACCAACGACACCGACGUCUUUAACUGGAAGAGAGCCAAGGGCUCCACCCCCUCCGGCAGCACCGGGCCGUCUAAAGACCACACCUGUGAUGCGAACACAGGUCACUUCAUGUACAUCGAGGCUUCCGCCAAGGCAAGGGGGAAUAACGCCAUCAUCUACUCCCCGCUAUACCGCGGCAUGGAGCAGCAGUGUGUGGGCUUUCACUACCACAUGUACGGUAGACACGUCGGUACACUCAACGUCUACGCAAAGGCACGGGGAUUCCAGGUGACAUCAGUGUGGCGAGCAUUUGGUAACCAAGGCGACUGGUGGAUCAUCGCGAGACUUGCCAUUCCCAAACAGCUGGCCCGGGCAGGCUACCAGAUCGCCUUCGAGGGUAUCGCUGAAAAGGGUUACCAAGGCGACAUCGCCAUUGACGACAUCUCCGUGGAAGACGGUCCGUGCCCAGUCGACUCCAAUGCUGUGGCCGUCGUCGUGAAGGUGGACACGUCGGAGCUGGACAAGGAGGGGAUGAAGCUGACGAGGAAGGCGAGGAAGGGGAGGAAGAAGAACAAGAAGUCGAAGAAGAAGAAGGGGAGGAAAAGGAAGACGGCCGAACAAAAUAAAUCUUAACUCUCGAAUACAUGAAGGGAUGGGUAGACACUAGGAGGAUACCAAGCAUGUUGAGAUGGUAUUGCUGCAAAUACUAUUGAUUUGGGAGAGAGAAUUUAUGGACGUCAACUUCUUUACCAUGAGGAAUAUAAUGUUUCGGAGUAUAUACUUACUCCCUCAUUCAUAAAUUCUCUCUCUUAUGUGUAUCACUUCUAAUCGCCAUUCAAAGACUUUGUAUCGAUUUAGAACUACGGGGAAACGAUAUAUCGUGAAAUUAGACCGGUCUACUGGCUUUUAAGCGGACUUGGUGUGCGUAUGUGAGCUGCAUUUCCAUAUACAAUGUACCAACACGAAUGCUUCUGACUGAAACCAAUAACACGGGAGCGUGAUGAAUACACUUUGUGGAUAAACUCGGAUACCAGUGACUGCUCUUGGCUCAUUGGGAGUCCAUGCUGAGCAGUGUGAGUAGAUGUUGACAAACAGUUUUGUGUUAUAUCAUGAAGGAUUGAACCUGUUGCUUCUCACAGGGAUGGCAAACCGUGGUCAAUAUAUAGAGAGGACGUGGACCAUGUGACAUUAGGGGAUCUUUACGCGGCCUACUGGGGCCAAUGCAAAAACGGUUUCAGGUGGCUUCAAAUAUGAUGGACUGGUUGCCUUUGCGUGUAAAUUGGUGGGCGUUUUGUGUUUAUGCAAUGUUUCAGAGACAGCUGUUGUGAUUGCGUUAGCAGACUCAUUCCGUAAUGAACGCAGAUGGUGGGUUGGUACCAUGGUGUCUGUCUCUAACAACAGGAAGUGAUUCACCAAUGGGCGUUUUCAGCACAUUUCACUCUCAUAUGGUUAGCUCGUUACACAUGCUUCUUAGGAAUUUGGUAAUUUUAGGUUUGUGAAUUUUGCUUAAGGAAACACGGAAAGUACUUGUAUUUUUGGGCUUGGUGGUCAGUGAUUAUUGCCAGUUCAAUGAUCAUAGGUUUUUAGUGACACUGGCAUGCUCACACAGGUGUCGUAGAAUACAUCUCCUUAUGUGAAACAGUGGAACAAAACGAUCUGGAAUUGGACGUUAUGUUAUUUUUCCUCAAUUAUACCUGAUAGAAAAUGUAUUAUAGACAUAUAUAUGAUCAUUACAUUUAUUUGAUGACUGAAGUCAAUAUCAUUAUCACCCAAACUCUAUUUAAUAACGGUAAUAAAUUAACUUAAUUUAAAACUUCAGAAAAUCAUCUUCCAAACUGACCGUUUGAUUCAUAACAUGACGCCAUUCUUUCAUUCAAUGAUGACAUUUGAACAGUUGUACUUGCACGAAAUGUGACUUGUGAAAAUGACACUUCUAAUUUACUAUUAAUAAUUACCAUGUUAACAUAGAUUCUGACAGUUUAAAUUUUGAUAACGUACCAAUAUAUAUAUAUAUAUA